AUGAUGGCCUCCAAUCCUCGCGUUACACCAGUUCCAAUCCCUACUCAAGGCAUUUCACCCACGGGUCGUACGGCGCCUCCGGCUUCCCAGACCCAGACCCCGACACCGCUGGGCUCAACCACGGGCAACCGCCAUGUCUCACCCUCAGGAGGCUCGGUAUCCAGCACGGGAGAGGGUCGCAAGAUGAAGCGCACCGGCGCCAAAGUCAGCGUCAGGCCGAGUUCUUUCCUGCAGGCGCCAUCGUGGGCUACUUCCUUGCUCAACUCAAAACCAUCCACUGCGGCGACGAUACCUUCCUUGUCGGAGUCCGCUUCGAAUCACCCCUUCUCACCAUCGGAUUCUACCGCCAACAACCCCAUCCUCGAAAGCCCGGAACCUAUUCGAAUUGUGAGCGACAUUCUCCCACAGAAAACCAACCAGGAGGCCCAGGAGGCCCAAGAAAGCCCGGUUCUGGAGACCGAGAUGGCACCAAAGUCAUCGCUCGCCAGGAGCGCCAAGAUCCAGGCAUUGCAGCAGUCGUGGAUGACCAGCUCAGGUUUGGGAGGCUUAGAAGGUGCAGAGACGCCCAGAGACUGGCUAGGCGGAGGUCUCUCUUCGGAAGAUGUGUCUUCUUCCUCCUCCCAACCCUCAAGAAAGCGCUCAAUGGGAACAGUGCAGGGCGGUGACGUUAAGCGUCGCCUGACUGAAGUUACCAACGGAGGAUCAAGCCCUUUGUCAGCCUCAGCUGGGCCGUCUGAUGGUGCGAGAAGAUCAACUCGCAGUUCGCAAGUUCCUCCGGCAACUCAGGGUGCCGACGCCCCAAAUCCCGUCGUCAAGCCCGGCAUUAUUCCUAUUCAGAGGACAGUACAAGUAGCAGAGUCAUCCGACGAAGAGGACUACAAUGAUGGGGACCUUGAUGGAGAUCUUACGACCGAGGAUGACGACGUCCCUGGACCAGAUAUCGAUGUCGCACAGGAUACUCGUCGGUCCAGACAAAAUGUGGAUGCAAUCCCCAGGGUCGAGACGCCUGUCCCGCCCCCGGCUGUGCCGCCAGUGGUGCCGUCAAAAGCGUACGACCCCAUACCGAAAAAUGCCAAAUUUCCAUUUCCUUCUACUCUUGGCCGCCCAGACGACUCAUCCUCCGCCGCCUCGUCGCGUGCUGUCACGCCCGCCGUUCCUACCGCCAGGGAAGCCAUCGACGCACCCGCACCGAGCAGUCCCCCACGGCGAGUCACUAGGUACUCCUCGACCACGAAGGCCGCAGUCACAUCCGCUUCUAAGCCAGCCCCUGUCUCUGCUGUCUCGGCCACAGCUGAACAGACAAUGCCAGCAGACAUUCUGGAGAUGGAAGAUUGGGAGAUAGCCCCAGGACGUGUGCGCGAUGAGCGCAGCCAGACUCCAACGAAUGUUGCAUUUUCGAAUGCAUACCUGACGUCGAAUCAGGUUGUCGCCGUCUCGGAAGACAUCUCCUUCAACGUCGUUGUCAUCAAACCGGGCGGCUCCCACCAAUGGGCUGACGAAGAUGACAAAGUGCGGAUCUGUUCGCUGGCCGUUGGCAAAGUCAAUGUCAAGCUGGACAAGACUGACCCAUUCUCGAUUGGGCCGAACGGCAUGUUCAAGCUGAAACCCGGGGUGGCAUGCUCGGUCGAGAAUCGGACGUAUAUUGACGCUGUGGUCCACGUGACAUCCAUAACGUAG